AUGAGAUGCCUAAGUUGGAACUGCCGGGGGCUUGGGAACCCCGAGGCAGUUCGAGAGCUUCGCAAUUUUGUGAAGCAAGAAGGGCCCGCGCUGCUCUUUGUUAUGGAAACAAAGAUCAGGGCAAAGAGGGUGGAAAGUCUGCAGUCUAAUCUGGGGUUUGCGGGGUGUUUUGCGGUGGACAGUUCAGGUCUGAGUGGUGGUAUAGGCCUGUUUUGGUCACAAGAGGUUAAUGUUGAGCUGAAAAAUUUCAGUCCCAGCCAUAUUGAUGUAAUGGUCAGGGAAGCUGACUCGCUUGCUCGGGUGUGGAGAUUAACAGGGUUCUAUGGUGAACCGAGAACGGAGGUGUGGAACAAACACUGUCAGGGACAGGGACUUGCAGGUAUUCAGGCCACUUUAACUCAGCUUCAGAGUGACCUGGGAACUUGGGGCGCUCGUGAGUUCGGCUGCCUAGCCACGAAAGUUAAGAAAUUACAGAAGAAGCUGGAGCUCUUGCGACAGCAGUCUAUAGGCAGAGGACCAACCGAGGAGGAGAAGGCCACGGUGCUGAAACUUCGAGAAGCACUGCGGCAAGAGGAGAUAUGGUUCAAGCAAUGUUCUCGUGUGCCUUGGUUGCGCAAAGGAGACCGAAACACUACUUAUUACCAUGCUGAAGCAGCGCAGCGGAAGCGGCUGAAUCGGAUCGCCAAUCUUCAACAUUCAGAUGGGUCCUUUUGUCAGUCUGAAGCUGAAGAUAAGGCGGAGGUGCAGGCGUUCUAUCAAAACUUAUAUACGUCCCAAGGAAUUAAUGAUAUGAGCGAGCUGUUGCAGUAUGUUCCGGAGCGCGUGAACGAGAACAUGAACGCUUUCCUGAGUAAACCAUUCGAGCCAGAGGAGGUCCGGACUGCACUUUUUCAGAUGUCACCCUCAAAAGCUCCUGGAAUCGAUGGGUUUACUGCAGGUUUCUUUCAAAGGCACUGGAACCUUGUUCAAGGUGCCCUGGUGCCGGCUAUCCUUGGUUUUUUGAAUGGUGGUGAUUUACCGGUGGGCUUCAAUGACACCUCGAUUACUCUUAUCCCCAAGGUAAAAAACCCACAAAAUAUUACUCAAUACCGACCCAUCUCUUUGUGUCCAGUGCCCUAUAAGAUUGGGGCUAAGAUGAUUACUAACCGAAUGAAAGAGAUUAUGGAUGCAGUGGUGGGAGAGGAACAAAGUGCUUUCGUCCCCGGGCGCUUGAUUACUGAUAAUGUGGUUGUAGCCUUUGAAAGCGUCAAUACUAUGAGGAGGCGGAAGAAGGGGAAGAAUUAUACUUGUGCUAUCAAGCUGGAUAUGAUGAAGGCCUAUGACCGCGUCGAGUGGCAUUACUUGGAGGCAAUCAUGCUCAAGCUUGGGUUUGUCUUGCGUGGGCCGCCCUUGGGAUUCCUCAGGCGUCUUCCCCCCGUCGACGGCAGCUCGGCGCACGCAUCCAGGGAUUUCCGCCCCCUUCUCCGGCGCUGGCCAGGAGGUGCCCCAGAGCCGAUUGGUCUAGCACGGACGACGGCGGCCUCCGGCAAACGCCUCGCCGGCAGCGCUGACAGGCUAAGUGACCUCCCUGAUGGCCUCCUCCACACUGUCAUGUCGUUCCUCACGGCCCGGCAGGCCGUGCAGACGUGCGUGCUGUCGCGGAGGUGGGAGGACCUCUGGUGCUCCAUGCCCUGCCUCAACAUAGACGAGCGGGAGUUUCGCACCUCAGCGUCCGAUUCCGAGGAUGAGGAUGAGGCUGGCCCUGACUGUGCUAGGUUUGAGGAUUUCGUCAUCAAUCUGCUGAUGUUUCACAGUGCGGCAACAUUGGAUAUGUUCAGGUUUCAUACUGUUUCUCGACGAAAGAUUAAAUUUGCCGACCAAUGGCUACGCCGUGGCAUCAAGCGCUUCCCCAAAGUGGCGGAUAUUGAUUCGAAUUGCUCUUAUAAAUUACCACGUUUCGGUUCCAGUUCUUCACGCCUCAACAGGCUGCAUCUUUCUGGCAUUACUUUGGACAAAACCUUCACCCAACAGCUACGUUCUGGCUGCCCGGUCUUGGAAGAUUUGGAGCUCAACUGGUGUGUCCUUGAAGAUGCAGAAAUCGCAUCUUGCACACUGAAGAGCUUGACAAUUGAGCAUUGUACAAUUUACCGUCCUAGUGUGCUGACUAUCAAAGUUCCGUCUCUUACUUGCUUGGAGCUGGUCUCUUUUAGUCACAAUUGGGAUGCUGUUGUAGCAAACGAGAUGCCGUUCCUCAUCAAAGCCACCAUUUGCAUAAUCAAUUCGAUACAGAUACUGCCAUGGGAGCUUCUUUUCAGCCUAAUUAACGUGAAAGAUUUAAAACUGACUGGCUUUCAAGCACCGGCGAAUCUUCAUGUUGGAUCGGAUACUUUCCCUGUGUUCCAUAAUAUUAGAACCUUGCUGUUUGACACAUGCGAUCUAAGUGACAAGUUUGAUAUGCGGGGAUGCUUUCUGAACAAUGCCCCUGGUUUAGAGAAGCUUACACUUGAAAAUUGCACGCUUCCAGAAGCUUCUAAGGGAAGCAAGACAGGAGGAAAUCUGAAGAGGGCAUCUCUAGAAUACGAUGACGCGCUUACUUUCCAAUGCCCAAGCCUGAAGUUGACUGAAAUCAAAUACAUAUAUGACGACGAUGUUCAGAAACUGUUUGACCUUUUGCUUGGCGCUUGGAGGAACCUACAGAAUACUAACAUUGUGAUUAAUAAGAAGACUUAGGGAGUGAUGAAGAAGGCUUGAAGCAGUGAACACAAGCCACUUCUGCAAUGCUUAUUAUUUAUGUUCCUCCUUAAAUGUAACAUGCGCUCUGCCAUU